AUGACGACUCGGCAACCCCUGGAGAACCACGAGUAUAUGACGACUACGCGCGACCUGGACGAUGAGAUGGAAUACUCUACAGACCCUCCCCGUGAAGACUGCGCUGCCGGCGCCCCGCAGAGGGUGCUUCAGCGCAAGAGAUCGGCUGUCACGUCAGCCAGUGACGACCAACACACUUCUGGUACGAGUGACGCUGGAUUGAAGAAAACGCCACCUAAGAAGAGGGCGGCUCCACGACAGCGCACGCCCGUUGCCCCUGUACCUACUGCCAAUCAGUGCGACGCCCUACAGGAUGGCGCCGACUCUGAAGAUCCCGACGAGCCUCCACCGCCGACGUCCCGCUCCGAUGGCCAACAGCAGCGGCGCCGAGCUGCGCCACCACCUGCUCCACCUGCUAUUCCUCCGCGACAACCCGCCCAGCGGCACCUGCUUGCUGCUCGGGCAGACCUUGGCUACGCCGACGUCCUCCAGGGCCGGACGACGCCUCCUCCUGCCCCUGCUGUCCAGCCUCCGCGACGCUCUAAAGACGGGCCUGCUCCACCUGCUGCAGCUGAUGACUUCAUCGCGGUCUGGAAUGAAGUCCAGGCCACCCUCGUGGCUGUCUCCGCCGCUCUGGCCCAGCUGCCGACCGCCAUCACUGCUGCAGUCCAUGCAGCCCUCCGAAGUUUCCCCACCGCCACGGCGUUCGCAUCCACUGGCCAUGGCUCACAACCUUAG